GCGAAACACUUUAUCCUGCAGUUUUCACGUUGGUGGAGAUGGAGCAACAAUGCGUGGAUAUGUCUCAACCUAUGUUGACCAUACCUAACGACCCAACAACAGCCGGCGUUCCUAAUCCCCAUCAAGGCGUUUCUAAAAAGGCUGCCCGCAGCAAGAAAAUGGCCAAACAUGCGGAAAGCUCCGUACCGAUCGAGGAAGCACUUAAAACGGAACUUACCACGAACAACAUGAAAACGCCCAUAUCGGUGCUGCAGGAACUACUCAGCCGCCGUGGCAUUACACCGCAGUACGAUCUCAUACAGGUAGAGGGAGCAGUACACGAACCUACCUUCCGAUACCGUGUAUCGUAUAAAGAUAAAGAUGCGAUGGGAACAGGAAAAUCCAAAAAGGAAGCCAAACAUGCCGCAGCCAAGGCACUAAUAGAGAAGCUGACAGGAUCCACUUUUAACGAUUAUCCCGGAGCAUAUAUAGCUGACGAGAAACCAGACAAUAUGAAAACGCCCAUAUCGGUGCUGCAGGAGCUGCUUAGCCGGCGUGGUAUUACACCGCAGUAUGACCUAAUACAAGUGGAGGGGACCGUACACGAACCUGCCUUCCGUUAUCGGGUGUCGUAUCAGGAUAAAGACGCGAUGGGAACGGGAAAAUCAAAAAAAGAAGCAAAACAAGCGGCAGCCAGAGCGUUGAUAGAAAAGCUGAUGGGAUCUGUGUAUUACGAUCAGCACGAUCGUACGAUCCUGAAUGGUCUGAAGCACGAUGCCGCUAAUGUGCAAUCCAUCGGCAACAGCCGGGUAACCACCAACGAGGAGGAAUCAACGGGAAAUCCGAUCGGUUGGUUGCAGGAAAUGUGUAUGGCACGGCGAUGGCCACCGCCCACGUACGAAACGGAAACAGAGAAAGGUCUUCCGCACGAGCGCCAGUUCACGAUAGCGUGCGUGGUACUAAAAUUCCGGGAGGUCGGCGAAGGUAAAAGCAAGAAGGUCGCCAAACGACAAGCGGCCCAAAAGAUGUGGCAACGGCUGCAGGAUCAACCGUGGGAACCGAGCCAGUUGGAUGAGGACGGCAACGAAGAGAUACAUCGGUACCAAGGGGUAAAGGAUGGCUGCACACCAACACUCACGACAAGCCAGAGCCAAAAGGUGUCCCAGUUCCAUAAGGCGCUUAAGUCGCGCACGGGCGAAAAUUUGCAACAGCUGCAGUCUCUUAAUAUGCACGAUCGAGAACAGCAUUUCGUCGAUAUUCUAGACGAAAUCGCUAAGGAACAGCGGUUCGAGGUGACGUACGUGGAUAUCGAUGAGAAGUCAUUCAAUGGUAAAUACCAGUGUUUGGUGCAGCUGUCCACAAUGCCAGUGGCUGUGUGCUACGGCAGCGGUAUUACGGUUCCAGAAGCGCAUGCUAGAGCCGCCCAACAUUCGCUCGAGUAUCUGAGGAUAAUGACCAAAUGCUAAGUGGAUCAGGAUAUUUUCACAAUAUUGAAACCUUCCCCGAAUGACUUUUAGUCCUUGGUGGGUGUGCUUUUAUUGGUUAGACUCAACAGACCUCCCCUGUUAACAACACCGUUACAUCCCGACGCGAGGUCAAGAAAAGUUCACACGAACUUUGAGAAGGUGGGAAUUUUGUUUUGUUUUUGGGGACAAACACACACAAACAUGCGAUCAUGUGCGAUCAUUUUUCUUACAUUAUUUUUUGUUCGUCAGCACUGACUGGCAUGAAAUUUUCCAUUUGUUUUGAUCCUUUUUUAAUUUUGUUCAACAUUUAUGUUGUUAAGUAACUUUCUAUUUGUCUAAUUAUUAAUUUACCAAUAUUCCUUAUUUGUAUGCUUAACAUUUUUUAUGUAUUUGGUUUGAAGAAAAUUAGACGCUUGAAGGUAAGAAGCAUACGCUUUGAAAAAACGCGUUAUCUAUUUACUUUUGCUAUAGAAAGAUGGUCAUACUGCGUACCAAUCUAUAAAACUGUCGGUAAACGAAAUUGUGUAAGUGACUAGCGACCGUGUAGUGACCUCUAUAUACGGUAUAAAUUCAAAAUUGUGUGUUACUCUCAGGUUGAACAGCAAUACAACAAACAAGCUAUACUUUACAUGGAAUUUGAGGAAUUUGUUUCCCAAUUCAGAAUUUAAGUAAACGUAAAUGGGUGAUAACAUUUUGCGCAUCCUAAUAUGCAUAAGCAUCAACCUUCAGACAGUAAAGAUCACAUAGGUUUUGGUGUGCAAAAUUGAAAUCGAUCGUAUGGUAGUUGAACAGUGUUUUGUUGUGUCAAAACGGGUGGCGAGUCCCGAGCGUCAAGACAGUGAAUACCGCUUCCAAAAAGGCAUUAUUGUUGCCGAUGGAGUAGGAUCUUCCUAACCGGAACAGCUGGCAGCUAUGAACGUGAAGUUCAGUCUUUAGUGACAGCCAGACGUACGCAUAAGUAACCACGACUGUUUCCAGCUGUUUUCUUUCUCAUGUUUGUGGUGAAGAAACAACCGUUGAGCGGUGUUUGUGGAUCGAUCGUGGUUACUUAUACGUACGUCCAAAACGAUGAAGUAGUUAUAUAUAUAUAAAUACCACCGAAACUAUGGUUUUACGUUACAUCUGCUUCUUUUUUUAAAUCUUAAAAUCCUAAAAACUGUUAUGGGCCCGCCAGUGGCAUGAUGGUAACGGCGCCGGUCUUCACACGAACGGGCCGGACUACGGCCAGGACGCUCUAAGGAAGAAAAAAAACUAUUCGAAACUAUAUUAUGUAAAAUUAUGAGCAUAUUGUGUCAUGGAAGUAGUAAGGGUGGGUUUAACAGUAUAUUAUCUUUACAGACUAAUAUGAGUUAAAAUAUCACUUCUAACUUUUAUUUCUCAACACUUAAAACUAAUUCUGCAAAAGUGUGUCUCUAACCAUGUUCUUCUACGAAGUUUUCAGUACUUAUUAUCUUUACAUGUACUAAUUUAAAAAAGAUCUUAAUUUAAAAUUUUCUUGCACACCCAAUGCGGAUAAUAAAACACAAAACGCGCAACAACUGUGUUCAAGCAGAGCUUGAAUAAUACUACUACACCUUAUCUGCUACUAUAGCUACCACUACAGUAUCAUCUGCAUCACGCUAAUUUAAAUUAAGCAUAAUGAAACAACAGAAACAAGGAAGUAAAACUUUAAGCUUUUUUUCAAACAGUGUGUGUCUAACGUGUGCCGAUGUUUGUGGGAAAAUGGGCAUUAAUUUAAUGCAA